UUCAGUUCGAAACUUUGGAGCACUGUAUUUCGGUUCGAAAUGAUUCAUAUUUUAAAUUUUAUAGCUGGCAUGAACAACACGCUGGAAGGCAAGUUCGAAGGUGCUGAGCCCGGGGAACGAACCGUAACACCCGAACUUUGUUUCGAAAACAUGGACCAGCAGUGUCCCCACUGUUGCCGUUCAACAGAAUAUUCGGUUAAGUCUUUGCGAAAACUGUUCGUCCUCAACCAUCCGCAAGAGGCGGAAUCGGGAGUCAAGUCAGCGGCGAAUAGCAUUGAACGGCUCCCAGUGUGCAAGUGUCAAGAACAUGGGCUAGAAAUGCAGGAAAAGAAAUCGUCGAGUGAAAAGCUUUGCGAAACACGUUCCGUUCAAGAACUACGCCAUAUGUUUGAGGCGAAGUUGAAAUUGAUCGAACAAAGUUCUACGAAUGGAUCGGUCUGUGCCUAUUCGAGGCCUGUCUCGGUCAAAUCGGCCAAGACGGAUGAUCGACAGGAUGCUGCUUCCAUGGAUCUACCGCAUCCGGAAGGACAAAUCUUCAUGUACAACGAACCACCCGUGCGUAGCAAGCCAUGCACACGAUGGAGCGUAACCAAUACAAGCAUUGUGGAAGUACCGAAUGGAAUGCAAAUAACCUUUACCGUGUUGAACGAUAGCAAACGAUGAAAGUCGGUCGCACAUAGUUUUUUUUUUUUUUGCUUAAAUCCAAAAUUCUGUAAGAAAAGCUAAGAAAAAUUCUACAUUUCCAUUUCUAAAACUGUGAUCCAUUUAUUUUGAACACAUAUUAAACAUAGAGAAUUAUUUACUUCA